UGUGGGUUGAGGGCAGUGAGCCGGGCUGUGAAAAUAUAGGCUACCUCCUGAAAAGAAUGGAUAAGCUCAUCAUGUACGCAGAUGGCAAGCUGGGGCGCUACAAAAUUAGAGGAAGACACAAGGUUAGUAGCUUGCAAGCAUCGAGGACCCUCGGGGUCCGCCCCGACCGAAGUUCACUCCGGGCUCCUCCGGAGUUUCUGAUCUCCCUCUCUGCCAUUUCAUGCACUCUUCCGAGUCUUAACCACGCAAUUCCUGGCCGCUCUGCUACAAGCUGCAACUUGGGCUUGGCAUUUGGUCCACCCGUCCAGAUCCUAACCGUAGUUCGAUCGCUUUGUGAAACAACUUUUAAACCGGGUAGCCUUCACAGCCUGGCAGCCCACGUGGGAUUUCCUAAAUCCACGAACUGGAGAAGUAGCGGGUGCGUGUGUAUGGCGGGGGGUAACCUCACUACGCUUAAAGACACAAUUUCCUUUUUUUUGCUUUUCCGCCUUCAUCAAAAGUUUCCGGUUUGUGAGCUAGUUUCAAGGAGAGCAAUACUGUACAUAUAUGUGUGCGUGUAUAUAAUAUAACCCUGAACAUCUUUCUUUAACGACUCUCUAUAAUCUUUAUAUUGUUAAUUGCUGAAACGAAAGUUAUCUUGUCAGGCUAUGAGAGUGGGCAUAUUUUCCUAGCUUUUAGGAGAAGAGGAAUGAGACUUAGAAUCCAGGUGGUGACAAGUCAGCGAGCGCUUUUUAAACACAUAAUCUGUAAUGGGAGGCUUUUGAAAGCCGGGAACUGGUAUUCCGCACGCAUGAUCUUGUUUGCAAAGCGAAUUCCAGCUCUACAAUAUGUUUUGUCAGCAGAUGAUCAGGUGUGAAAAGGGGGGAGGAUGUCUUGUAGUAGGAGAGGGAGAGAAAGAAAAGAUGGGGAUAAGCACUUGUAAACUCGCUCCCCAUCCCUAUACUGUAGCAUUAAGUUGCCAAGAGGAACUCAACUGCCACUUAACGCCCUUAUACCCCCCUCCGUUUGUUUACAUUGGCUCGUAGUAUGUGACCGUAGUAGAAGCGUACAUGCUAGGGGAGAAUUCCUCAAUGGCGGAGGCCACACCCACUCCGAGUUGUAGGCGGCGCAGGACAAACCAUAAGCCGCGCCUCCUCCAGACACGCGGCUUUUCCUCUCCUCCCUCUCCCCCACGCCUUGAUUCCAGCCGUGAACCCUACGCGGGUUGGAUGCUCCCCGCGAAGCCCCGCCUCGCCUCCCUUUUGAUUGGCUGCCCUCACGUUCCACAUGGCUGCGGGUAGGCGCAGGGCGAGAUUGUCCCCGGGACGGGGCUCCACCCACGUGGCGCUCGCCGCAGAAGUAGGAACACAUUCUGCACGUAGCAGACGUAUUAAUCAGAGAGGGGCCAUCUGCUGCCUCGUUGAAAUAAAUUGAAAGGAGUUUGCAGGACUCGGCACCAAAAGAAAAAAAAAUUAGGGGGAGUGAUCACAUCAGCAAUUGCGGGGUGUUCACACACUGGUCUCCCGGCCUUAAAGCUGGUAGAAAAGCGCUGCUUCAGCUUCCUUUUUCAGCAACUGCCUAUCUGCCAAGGUAUUGGGUGGAGGUCAGUACGCAGAAGGCGUGCAGCCACCGUUCACUUCAUUAGCGAGCCUUGUGUCGCCCAGGGGUUGGGAGAACCCGAGAAGGUGACUGCUGACUGCGCUGAAGACAAAAGUACGACUUUAGCCAAACUUUUGGGCACGCCGGUUUCUCUGACUUGCCGGACACUGAUUUGCUCUGCUCGCUUCUCCCAAGAGUUAGGCAACGCUGCUGGCGCGUGUGGCUGAUUCAGUGUGUUAGCAUCGCUAAUAGAAACCAGGUCUCCUGGCGCGCUCUCCGCCGCUUGGCUUGCGGCUCUUGACUUUCUACUACAAGGGGCGAAAUCAGUCGGGUUCAUUAAAAUGCCACUGGGACAUAUCAUGAGAUUAGACCUAGAGAGAAUUGCCUUGGACUACAUAGUGCCUUGUUUGCAUGACAUUGGUUUUUGCUACCUGGACAAUUUUUUGGGCGACUUGGUAGGAGACUGUGUCCUGGAACGUGUGAAACAGAUUCAUUAUAACGGGGAGCUGCAGGAUGGCCAGCUAGCCGGCAAGCGCAAUGGCAUCUCCAAAAGACACUUGAGGGGAGACCAGAUAAAGUGGAUCGCAGGCACUGAGGAGGGAUGUGAGGCCAUCAACUUUCUCUUGUCACUGAUAGACAGACUGGUUAUGUACUGUGGAAGUAGACUUGGCAAAUACUAUGUGAAAGAGAGGUCCAAGGCAAUGGUAGCCUGCUACCCUGGAAAUGGAACUGGCUAUGUGCGUCAUGUAGACAAUCCCAAUGGCGAUGGGCGCUGUAUCACCUGUAUUUACUACCUGAACAAGAACUGGGAUUCAAAGCUACAUGGGGGAAUUCUACGAAUAUUCCCGGAGGGCAAGUCCUACGUAGCAGACGUUGAACCUCUUUUCGACAGAUUACUUUUUUUCUGGUCAGAUCGAAGGAACCCACAUGAAGUGCAGCCCUCCUAUGCAACAAGGUAUGCCAUGACUGUGUGGUAUUUUGAUGCUGACGAAAGAGCAGAAGCCAAAAAGAAAUUCAGGAAUUUAGUUGAUGCAGGGAAGACAGAAGCAGUUCUCAACGAAGACUGAACAGAGGGAUACCCAACGUAAUUCCCUUUAAUGAUGAUUUUGGGACUGUUUUGCAAGCAAUAAGAUCCAAAGAUGUGGUCUGUUUCUGGUGAUUACUGGACUCUCUUCUUGCAGAAAUGCACUACUUUUUUGGGCACUGUCUAGCAUUUGCAUAUUACAGUGAUGGUACUCCUGGCAGCUUCCUACCACAUCCAUUUGGCAUAAAGCACCCCUGUUUUCUACCUGCCUUUUCAGCGAAGAACGCCUCCAGGUGUGUUUUUUUUUUAGAAGGUGAAGAAUAUCACCAAGCCUCAUGCUAAUGACAAGACCAAGUUGGCAAUACUGGUAAUAAAGAUCCUAAGCAUUCGAAACUGUUGGGGAAACCUGAGCCUUGAUUUGCACUUUAUGUACGUUUUUCUAGUUCAAUGGGAAGGAUCCCUCUCUGGCAGACUGCAGAUGGACAGCAACAGAAGCAAUCAAGGAUGCAAAACGGAACUACAGUACACGUCUGUCAGGAGCCAACUUCAUUAUGUUCAACGUGGGGCCUUUGAUGGGCCGCCUUGUCACUUUGCUGCACAGGCUAUUACCAGCCUAUAUUGUUGAUUCCCCCCUAAAAGGAUAACCCUCCCACUUCCCAUAAAAUUGCCUGGAUUUUAUUCAUGUUGCUAAAGCCAAGCAGCAGCAGGAGCGUUCCAUUGCUCUGCCUUUUAGAGCCCCAGGACAGAGGUGGAAGCAGUUGAGCAGCUGUCCACUGUUUCCUUUUUCCCUCUUCUUUUCUGAAGUAUGAAUGAUCUAUAUAUACACAUUUUACGAAGCAGCCAGCUCCACCUCCUACCCAAAUUUGUAAACCUUUUUUAAAUUAAAAAAAAUGAUGAUAAACUGAAUGCAUGUAUGCCAAGAAUUCACCUAGUCAAGCUUUAUUUUUAAACUUUUAAAACUGAUCUUCCACCUGCCACAGUUUGAAUGAUGGAAAUGUAACUCUGUCUGUUUCUUUUGACCUGGCAAUUGCACGGCAGGAUAGCUGUGGUCAGAUACAGAAUGCCAUCCUGAGUCACUUUACAUCUCUGAUUUAAUUUCUCCUCUGACAUUAAUGGAGCUCAGAUUGUACAGUUGAAUCUCAAACCUAAUUUCUGUUGUUUGUGAGUCUAUGAGAAAGUGUGUUCAAUACUUCAACCUUCACAGCUCAGUCCUAAAAUUUGUUGUGCCAGCAAAAAGUGUCAGAUGGGGCGUACAAUACUGUCUGUACCUACGCAAUAUCAUAGCACAUUACCUUGCUGGCAGGCAAGCUAUAAAAACGUUUUGGACUAGGGUUCAUAGUCUCUGUGGUGCCAAGUCAUAUCCCCACUGCAGGUCAGACGUUUGUGUAUUUUUAUUUCAGGGUAUGUGUGAUUUUUGUGGGGAGAAAUUACUUGGUCCCAGGUUUUAGAUUACUGCAGGAAAAUAUUUCCUUCCUGCAUUUGAGCCAUGAAUUGUGCUGAGGCAGGAUUAGUAAUUACCAAGCACAAGUUUUCUUAUCCUAGUUUCACUUUUUUAAAGGAGAGAGAAAAGGAAACUUUUUUAUUCUCAGUAGCAGAAACCUAGACAUUCAGCACUUACCAUAGAUCAUGCUUAGGAUGGGAGCAAUACAAUGGUUAUUUCCCUCAAAAUAGUAUUAUUUUCACCAAAGUACCGUAUGUAACACAAACAACAUAUAAGUAUAUGAGUAUCGUUUCACUGAUACCUAUUGCAAUGAUGUGAACCUUGCUUUGUUCUUCCAUAUGUAUAUAUUUUCUUCCAUGUUCCAUAUAUUUCCACAAACUUAAUUGACACAGGCAGUUUGCUUUUUUCUUGUUCAUACAAACCAACAUUUUCUUCAGUGGUUUCAUUUUGUGCUAUUACUCUUUAUACAUUAUCAUAUUCCCAGACAAGCACAAUGCUUUCCCAGAGCUAAAGCCCAUGAACAAGACUAAUAUUUAAGCAUUGCUUAGUCUUAGCAAUAAAUAUUAGUGAUAAAUAUUAAGCCACUUAACAACACAGCAUGUAAAGACAAUAUAUUUCAUAGCAAAUUAACAGUUGCUUCUUUAAGGGGAAAAAAGACUUUCUUGCUGCCAUAUUUGAGUCUGAAUUUUAAGAUGCUUCUGAACAAUUCCACCUCCUCAGGUUCCUGUGUGAUCAAGAUGGUUUUAUGCAUUUUGGUGGGAUUGUUGUGUGACUUCAACACAAAGAGCCUGCUUAAUUUCAGAAAGAAUUGAUCAGCUCAAAUUAGACUUUAAUAGAUAAAGCAUAGAAGCUGAUUCAUCCCAUCUGUGCUAGUGAGUGAUAAAACCUCCUCCUUCACAGAUAACAUAAAUAGCUCACAUCAGGAACUAUAUUACCACACUCUUUUAUAAAGCUACUGUCCUCACCACUCAUAGAUAAGUAACAGCCUGCGUGCUCAUCUUUCUUAACUCCUAAGUAUCUAAAAACUUGAAAAUGCAGGAGUACUCAGAACUAUGGUUGUAAGCGUGGUAAAGUAUUUGAAUGUUUUAGUGAUGUUAUAUUUAUGCAAAAUUAUGGGUGAACUGUUUUGAAUGGUUCUGAAUUCCAUUUCUGCAAACAGUCAAUAAGUGGUCUAUUAAGAGAUGGUGGCAGCAUAUCAAUGAAAUAAUUGGAUCAAGCUAAAAAGUAUUGAUUGUUGAGUUUUAUAUGAGUGAAAUAUUCACUGCUGGUGUCACAACCAAACGGCUCCAAUUGGACAUGGGAACUGGAAGGGGUGUGAAAUAAUUCCAGUGCCUUUAGUAAUAAUGGAGUAUGAUUACUAGACAUUUGAAUUUCACCUCAGAUGCUCUUACCUGAGGUCAAAUACUGCAAUUCUGCAUUGCGUGGAGUGACAGGAUAAUACUCCCUAUAUGAAAACAUGGUGUGUGCACCAUUAAGAGCACAUGAUUGCAGCCUUCAUUGAUUAGUCUAAUGGUUGACUCAAUUAAAAGCAUGCAGCCCAAUAAUUACCUUUUCAAAUCUGUUUCCUUUGCACAUCAAACACACCAGGCAAAGUUGCUGUUCAAAGCAAUUGUGUUUGCUGUGGAAUAAACAUUGGGCAAAAAUGCCAACUGUCUUUUUUUUUAUUAAAAAAACACCUAUUCCUAUGAAUAGGCUAUUUGUAUUUUUAAACCUGGAUGCCCAUUUGUAGACUUCCUGUGCCUAAAGACUUGUGGUAAUCUCAUAUUCCUCCAGUGUUUCCUUUGCUCCUACGAGGUAGCAACUUCAGGGGAGUGGGGUGGAGAGUCCAGGAAUUGUAGCCUUGAAUUUGCAUCUCAUACAAAUGUUUUGUUCUGUAUCCACUGAUUAGGUAAUUUUGGUAUUUUCAUACUAAUUGAUUUCUAAUUUUGCUUGCAUGAAAAUUGUAUCCAUUUGCUGGCAAAUCUCUCUCUCUCUCUGGUUUUUGCUUUUUACACCUGUGACUCACUCCCCAACAAUCUGGGAGUGCAUUUUGGACAUAACUUUUGCCAGGCUACAUGCUGGUCAUCGUUGCUGGCAGGUGAGCCGAAUACUGAAACAUUCUGUGGUAUUUUGCUGUUCUCCCCACAUUUUGUGUUCAUGUUAAUUUAAAAAAGAAAAAUGUGGAGAAAAGUGUUUCAGGAGUCAAUAAACACUGGGUCAUACCAUCAUA